UUUGAGUUUUGGUCAUUCUGCCAAAAUGCGCGUUCUAAGCAGGAUCUUGGUCGCGGUAUGCGCGAUUAUUACAUUGUCCUGUUGCGAUGCCUCCUCUGUAGCACCGAGGGCCAAACGAGGUGUAGUUCCCGGUAACGCGGCCUCCAGGCCUAAAGACACUAUUCGACGGUCUGAAUGCCGUAACGAUUACAACUGCAAGGCAUGGCCGAAGACUUCGUGCGGCAAGGAUCCGGUGGACGGACAACGGCGGUGUCUGUGCGCAGAUCAAACGCAUCCAAUCAACGACGAUUGCAUAACAUCGCCGCAAGAACUGGGAAUGCCUUGUGAACGAGACAUCCAAUGCAUUCAGCUGGCACAUUGUACGCACAACAUUAGUGAAAUAAAUGCAGACGUAAAAAUAUGUCAAUGUAGAGAAGAGUUUGCCGACGAUGACGGGACUUGCAGUAGUGGUGUUCGAGCAAUGGUAUCCAUAUGUUUGGCGAUUUUAGUUGCCGCUGUCUUGCAAAAUAACCACAAUUAAAUAGCGUAGAGUUUAUUGUAAAGAAAACCACAAUAGUAAAUUAAUCAGCAUCAAAUAAAACAU